AUGCGCCCCAGUAUCUCAUCGCCGCAUCCAACGGGCUUGUUAUUUUGCUUACUCGGUCUCUUGUAUCUACUCUCGAUCGGCUAUUAUCGGUCGGCAAGUCACCGCGAUCCUACCUCCUUCUUCUUCGACCCCAGUCGAGCCUACGAGAAACGGUAUUCCGCGCACCGAAUUCAAGAAGCAAAGUCCUUUCUCACCACUGCUGGCGACUUUCCCUCCGCAGCAAAGCCAUCCGGCAACACCCAGGCUACGAUUUGUGUGGGGAUAGUGACAGUUCGCCGAAGGAAAGAGCAAUAUGUUGGGUUGACAGUAGCCUCUCUCCUGGAAGGCCUCACCGAAUCGGAACGAAACACAAUAUUCCUUGAUCUACUCAUUGCACAUACCGAUCCCUUCGUUCACCCAAUAUUCUCCGAGAAGUGGGUAGAGACCCUACCCGACCGCGUCCUCCUGUAUUUGAACGAUGAUAACCCCGAUUACGAGCAGAUCCGCGCCUGGGAGGAUGGAGGAUGGUAUCGUAAUAAGACUAUCUACGAUUUUACACAUUUGAUGAAGGAUUGUUAUGAGACUGGUGCGGAUUACGUCGCCAUGAUUGAGGAUGAUACUUUGGCUGCCAAGGGCUGGCUUUCUUCUACUUUACACGCCCUUGAAGUAAUCCAGCAGCGCACAAGAGCUGGACAAGACUGGGUCUACCUUCGCCUCUUCUAUAUUGAUGACCUGCUGGGUUGGAACUCGGAGGAGUGGCCGAGAUACCUCGCGUUCGCUUUCCUACUUUGGGCUGCUCUAACGGGAGCCAUAGUAUCUGCAAAGAAAAGGUUCUUCAAGUCAACUCCAGCAAGUGCUAUCUGUAUGAUCUCUUUUUGUUUCAUUCCGGCGUUCAUCGGACUACACUUCAUGGCAGGGCGGCAGACAAUGUGGCCGAUUCGUCCGGGUGUCCACGAGAUGAACAAAUACGGAUGCUGCUCGCAGGGCCUGGUCUUCCCGCGUUCGAUAGUGCCACGAUUUCUGGAACAUACCGAUCUUACAACCGAUUGGUUAGUUGAUAAGCAAAUCUUAAAAAUUCCCCGGCCCCGAGGUUACGGAUCAUGCCGACGACAUCAUGACGUAUACACGCGGUUCCAACGAGCUUUGCCGAAAACGAAGUGA